CAAAUUUCAUAUCAAAUGGCUCGGUCCAUUAACGUUCUAUUUGUGCUAUCGCUUUCUCUUAGUAUCUUUUUGCUCCCUGAGACAGCAUCAGCUCAACUAAGACGAAAUUACUAUGCUAAUACUUGUCCCAACGUAGAAUCCAUUGUUAGAAAUGCCGUUACUCAGAAAUUCAGACAAACUUUUGUCACUGUCCCUGCAACUAUUCGUCUCUUCUUCCAUGAUUGCUUUGUCCAGGGAUGUGAUGCUUCAGUAAUCAUUCAAUCCACAGGCAGCAGUACAGCCGAGAAGGAUCACCCCGAUAACCUGUCAUUAGCCGGAGAUGGUUUCGAUACCGUGAUCAAAGCUAAACAAGCGGUCGAUGCAGUUCCUGGGUGCAGAAACAAGGUUUCUUGUGCUGAUAUAUUGGCAAUGGCAACUCGGGAUGUUAUUGCUCUGUCAGGUGGACCAUCUUAUGCUGUUGAAUUGGGAAGAUUGGAUGGGUUAAGCUCCACAGCUACUAGUGUCAAUGGAAAGCUGCCUCAACCAUCUUUCAACUUGAAUCAGCUCAAUUCUUUGUUUGCAGAAAAUGGACUCUCCCAAACAGACAUGAUUGCUCUUUCAGGUGCACACAGCGUCGGAUUCUCUCAUUGCAACAAGUUUUCAAACAGGAUAUACAACUUCAGCCGUCGAAAUCCGGUGGACCCGACACUCAACCGGGCGUAUGCAACCCAACUGCAACAGAUGUGUCCCAGGAAUGUUGAUCCCCGGAUAGCCAUCAAGAUGGACCCAAACACGCCCAGGACAUUCGACAAUGUUUACUUCCAGAACUUGCAGCAAGGCAAGGGUCUGUUUACCUCCGACCAGGUUUUAUUCACGGACCAGAGGUCUAAGCCUCUGGUAAACGCAUGGGCCACCAAUUCAAAUGCUUUUAACAACGCCUUUAUCACUGCCAUUACUAAACUCGGCCGUGUAGGUGUUAAGACGGGGAGGAACGGGAACAUCCGUACAAGGUGUGAUGCUUUUAACUGAGAAUGUUUCUCAGAGGUAUGAACUGUUGGUAGACAAUUUUUCAGGGUUUGGGACAAGUAUUGUUUAGCUUCUGAUGAGAUUACUUGGCACUGUA